AAACAUUAUGGCGGACGCCUGCAGACAUUUGUGCUUUUCAAAAAUCGUUUUCUAAGUUUUAUCGCGUGUUUAUAUUGAACUUUUUUGCAUAUUAUGGUGCGUUGUGUGUCCAUUUAACUGUUUAUUGUGGUUUUUGGAAGUUCCAUUGGAUGAAUUGUCCAGAUGGCGUAUGUUAGACGUGUGCUGUUCGACGUUACGCUAAUAUAAAGGACGAGCAGUCAUAGAAAGAGAAACCUCUUACCUAAUAGUGGUUGUGGAAUAGUUCUAAAAUAACCUUAUAAAUUGGGAAUAAAUCAAAGGAACAAAUAAAGCAAGAGGGCCGGAGACAGACAAAUCAAUUGACCAAUCUCGCUCCAUCUCAUUGAUCAAUCUGAGAUCAACUGCCUGAAAUUAACUGACUGUCAACCUGAUGUCGGAAGAACGGGACCGCCUCCCACCACACAUUCCAACAUGAAGACCAAACAGGGUAAGGAAGAAUUAGAGAAAAGUACCGAUGAAGAUACUUCUAUUGAGCCCAAGACACGAGCCCGAAAGAAAGCUUCAGAUGAAGAGGACAAGAACAAAGCAAGCCAAGAUGAUCCUAAACCAUCCAAAGAACCCAAGAAAAAUGUAGCCAAACCUAAAGCAAUAAUCAAGAAGCGACCUCUUGGUAUAAGAAAGGCAUUGAGGAGCAAGAAAGCUGUUGUCAAUAAGGAAGCGGUGAAAGCCGUUAUCAAGCAAACUGUGAGACGGGGCAGGAAGCCAGUAGCUAAACCUCAACCUGAAAAUUCUCAAGACAAGGAAACUGUUCCUCUAAUACCUGCAUCUGAGAUCAAGAAGGAGCCUAUUGAUGAUACCACACCUAAUUCUAGGUCUUCAAGUCCCCGUACAGCUGGCAGGAGGCCUAGACUUAGCUCUGAUAUGAUCAUGAUGAAGUCAGUUCUUGCAGACUCACCCAGUAGCCUUGUGCUUGGCCCACGCACUAGCCCAUACUCCAUGAGGUCUGAACGGAGCAAUAGUCCAUCAAUGUUUGAAGGAAAGAAUCUCCGCAGUGGGAAGCCUAGAAAAGCAAAAGCUAACCUAUUAAAUGAAGUAGUCAUUAAAGAGCAGAAUAAGCGUCGCCGUUUGCUCUCUGACUCCAAAGCCCCAGAAACAGAAAGUCUUGAAGACUCCAAGAAGCUGAAAAGAGGCCGCUCCUGUUCCAGAGAUGGAAGUGAGAUCUCUAAAUGCUCUGAUAUCACAGAAUCUGAUCUGAGUCUCAGUGAAUCACUCAAUGACACAGACAGUAAGGAGCUCAACAAAAAAUUAGAUAAAGCUAAGACUGACCUAGACAUAGAUAUUGAAAAUAAUGUACAGAUCUCUACUACUGAAAAAGUGCCUUCUCUUAAUGAUGACUCCAAAUUAGCUGAAACCAAACUGGAUACUGAUAGUAGUUGUAUCACAAAUCAGAAAAAUAAGAAAUCACUGAGCUUAAAAAGAAGUACUUCAUUAGACUCUGACAACAAUAAUAGUAAUAGGCUAAAAUUAGACAAUUUAAAUUCUUCAGAUGUAGGAGAAAAAUCAAUGAUCAAGACUGAAAAUGAUACGCUUUUUGAGGCCCGUAAUAGCAUAUUGAAUAGUAUGUCCAAGACUUUCAAUUCUAAGGAGAUUUCAAAGAACAUAAGAAAAGGGAGGAGAGUCAAGAAAAAUGUGAAGUCACGCACUAACUCUACCCCAGGUGUCAAGAAUGGCGUAAACGCCACCUCUACUGACGCCUCCGAAGACAAGCAAGAAACCCUUGAAUCAUUAUCAAAAGAGAUAGAUGAUCUCAUCAACAACCUAGACCAAAACAUAGACCGUGAUUGUGAGAUGACCAAUGAAUCAGUAGCUGAAAAUACAAAUGACCAAUUACAAACUAAGUCUGCUUCUAAAUUCUAUGGUACUUCUAAAGCGCUUUCUGAAAGCAAUAGUAUUAAUCCUCCUGAAACUCCUGUAAAAGACAAAGAUGGUAUUUCAAUUACCAACGAGAACACGCCGUCAAAGAUUGACGACAGCGAAAAUAUUAGACUACACUAUGAAGAGGAUUCAACUGAGAAAUCGAGUGACUCCCCCAAACAAGAAAUAACUUAUAAAUGUAGUACUGUGGCCAGUAUUGAUAAACUGAUGGAUCGCUUGAAAGAGUUUGAAGAAUUUGACAAGAGGAGACAGAGACAGGAAUCUGAAACUAAACCAGGCGACGGUAAAUCACUGAUGGUUACUAAUGACGUCGUUUUAAUUCCUAAAUCAGGGGCUGACAUUAAACCUCUGAAAGAUAUUCAGACUGUAAGGUCACCUGAAAGACCUAUGGAAAAGGAAAACGUCCUGAGUUGCUUUGAAAAUAACUCUGCUAUCUCAAUAGUUAAGAGGGAUCAAGUAAGAAAAUCUAUCGACGUGGAUCUACCUAAUUCAGUCACACUUAUCAAGAGGAACAGUAUUAGCUCCCGCAAGGAAUCUACAAGUUCUAAUCAUUCUAAAGAAACUGAUGCUAUCAGCAUAUUUGAGAAGUCUUUGGGCAAAGACGUGACAUUGACUGAAAUAAGAAAAUCGGUCGACAAGACGCCGUCGACUCAAGUCGACUUGCAUCAAUUCGCGACUUUACAUCCGACUAACCAGAGUCAAAACGUAGUCGUAUUAGAUACCAAUCAGAUAUCCAUACUGCCUCGAGCCGCGAGUGAUAUUCACGCCACUAAACGUAGCUCUAGAAGUUCCAGAGAGUCAAUAUCAAGGAAGUCAUCAGAAUCGGGUAACGAUGACGUAAUGGCAACCAUAGAGAAGAUCAAGUCGCCACAACAUCAAGUCAAAUCGUCUGAAAUUUCGAUCACGCCGACUGUAGCCAUAAAGUCGCAUGAAGUGACGCAGCCAAUGGAAGCGGAGCCUCUCCCAGCUGCAUUAGAUAACGUGAAAAAUAUCCCUGAAGAAAUCACGCUAAUUUCAAAAGCCAAACCUGAAAUAACGGAAUCAACUGAAAUCGCGAAAGUGGAAAGCUCUAAAGUGGCGGAAACAUCUGAAACUCCAAAAGAAAAUGAUACAGAAGUAGACGUUCCUAAGUCUCCAAAACCUGAGGAGAUAAAACCAAAAGAUGUUGAGAAAGUGGAUGACGCUGAAAAACCUGAAGAAAAAGUUGAAGUCACAGAUAGCGAAAAGCCGAAGUCUAAAGCAAAAGAAGAAACUAAAGUAGAAAAAUCGGAGAAACCUGCUAAGACAGUGAAAGGCGAGAAAAGUAAAUCCGCUCGCAAUUCAAUUGAAAGUCUGCCGGGGCCGAGCAACGCGCUACAUGAGACGCCUGAGAGUCAGAAGCGCAAAGAAAACGUGUUGCGGACUCUUGGGUUGCUGACCCAUAAGGCAGCUAAAGAAGCUAAGAUUGAAAAGUUGAAAGAGAAGGAGCGGAUCUAUGGUGGUUUGAUGAGCAAUAAGAGUAAGGCUGUUAAGGCAGGGUCUGGCGACUACACGGGGACCUUGAAGACUGUGAUAAAGCUGAACAGGGGCACUGGUGACCGGGACAAGAAGAAGUACAGGAGCUCGCUGAAGAUGACCUUCCAGAAGAGCAAGAACAGAGGAAAGCCUCAACCGGAGGAGGGCCAGGAUGCUAACGAAGAUGAAGCCUACUACACCAUUGAGAGGAAAGAGGCAAACGCGUCGGCGCCUUCAGACGGUGGGCACAGAAAGUCAUACAGUAAUCGGCUUAACAACCAUGAUGGCGAAGCAGUUCCGGAACCCGUGGAGCCUAAGGAAACCUUAAACCUGGUGAUCCCGGAGAAGGCCUCGUCUUUCAGUAUCCAUCCGGGAAGACUGUGCAUGGACCAAUGUUUCUACUGCGGCGGCAAGUUUGGCCUGUUCGACACGCCCUGCCACAUCGCUCAGAUGAAGAGUGCUGAGAGACAGAAGAAGGUUCUGGACAACGAAGAGAAGCUGACCAUAGACAGCUGUCUCUGCGACGCGUGCUACCGCCAUGUGGACCGCCGCGCCAACUGCCCCUCCUACCGCAAGCGGCCCGCCAAGCUACCCUCUCCAUUACUUACACCGCCUGUCGACACGAGCACAGAGAAGCCUCCGAUAUCGCCUCCAGAGGACGAGGAAAGCGAGGAGGAGCCGGAAGCAGCAGCUACGGGAAGACCAGCCAUCUGCCACACCGCGGGCUGCGGGAAGCUCGCCGACCACUCCAUACGCCGCAAAUGGCUGAUCAAGAUGCGUGCUAGCGUUAAUAAACUGUUGAAGCUGGAGGGCGACUACCCAGGGCUGCACACCAUCCCGCUGUGCGCGGACCACCACCGUGCGCUGGCGCCGCUCAUGGCGUGCGUGCUGUGCCGCCGCCGCAUCACCAAGCAUCACAACGUGCACCUGCUGCACAGCUACACGGAACUGAACCCGCUACUGAAGGCAGUCGGUAUACCUGUGGUGUUUACGGAGCGUCCGGUGCUGUGCAAGCUGUGCCGCUACUACUGCACGCUCCUGCAGCGGCCCACUCACAACCAGGGUCACGCCACGCAGUACAGGAGGAAGUUACUCCAAAUCUACAACAUAGAAGUACCUCCGGAAACGGAACAGGAAACACAGGACACCAAUAUCCAGGAGGAUCUCAACAGCAGCAAGACCAAGAAGAAGACCCGUACCAAGUCCAAACAACGGAAAUCCGCUGACCCUGAGAAACCCGAUAGCGAGUGCUCUGAGAAAACUGAGAGCUCCCCUGAGAAAGAUAAAUCCCAAGACGAAAUAAAAGCCCACCAUCUAGAAGAAGACAUCGAAAGCUUAAUUUCUUCCAACAAAAUCCCCGUUCCUGGAGCUAAAAUGAACGAAGUCAACGCACCAAGCGACAACUCUGAGUCUGAAGUUACCAUCGACUACGACAUGCCACUCAUACCAGUAGACAAACAGACAGAACUGCAAUAUCUACUACAGAAGCAAAAUAAUCCAGCACAGUUCUUAAACAAAGUCCCUAAUUUGACCAAUAAGCAGAAACACAUGAAACUACAAAACUUAAUACAGAAACCAGGCCAACAGCAUAGGAUAAGUGACAAGAAUGCCAAGAGAAUACAGAAAAUAGGUCAAACUAUCGCAAAUAAGGAGAAAUCUAACGAUGAUGUUGAAGUGUUUGAUGCUGACAGACCUAUGGAAGGUGUUACAGUCUUCAAAAACAUCUCUCUGAGCGACGAAUGUACUAUAGAAUCUAUCCCCAACAAGAAACCAGCAGAUAUAAACACGUUGAAGAACAAAUGGCAAAUGUCAGAAAGCUUCACACAAGUCAAGAAGAAUCUAAGCGAGUUAUCUAAGAAAUUGACAGUGGAAAAAGACCCCAAGAAAUCUUCGGUUAAGUAUCUAAAUCCUGUGAAGAGGUUGGAGACGAACCCUUCGAUUUCUGUUAGAGAGUUGUUCCCUGGUGAAGAAGAGAUGAACUUGCAGUGUAGUGUAGAGUUUAACAAUGUUAAGAGCAUCACACCUGAAGGAUGGGAGAAGUGUAGUAGUACUAUACAGUACGAUUUGGAGACGAAAAGAUUAUGGAACGAACUGCAGCGGCCUUACGGGAACCAAUCCAGCUUCCUUCGCCACCUUAUCCUAUUGGAGAAAUACUUCAGGAAUGGGGACUUAGUGCUGUCACAUAACGCAACGCCGAACGCGGCGAAUUACAGCGACUCCAUCCAGAGCAGGUUGCGGGCUUACGAUAACGUAGUGAAUGACACCCCGAGAAGGGCUGAGCCCGCGAUAAGCUUAAUAGAGUAUCGCAAGAAGCCGUCGAUAAAUGGGAAGAGUCUCUUGAAGUCCAACCAAGGGGAAGACAAAGAGGUGAAAAAGGCUAUGCCUCCUCCAGGAAUUAUCCCUAAGAGCAAGAAAAGUGACAAGCUUAAGAAACAGCUUCCCCCGGAGUUGAUAGCGAUAAACACGCCGAAUGCUCAAGGCAGGAAGGCGAUACAAAACGUGUUGCAUAAUAUCCAGCAGCUGGUCAAGGGUGUGUCUGCGUCGGACCCGACAGAGGUGGCCGCGGCGCCGCUGCCUACCCCGAAAAUCGACCCCCCGAAGGAGAAGAAGGACCCACCGAAAGAACAGACUAAAGAUACACCGAAGAAACAGAAGCCAACCAGCAAACCGUGGAGGCCUACCCUUAUGCCGAUUACUCCCGAAAACAUGGCGAAGAUCGCUCGCGAGCCUACACAAGUGGCGGUCGACGGCAGGAACCUGCCGAGCCUCGUGCAAGUGAUGUCUUCAGGCAAGAGGUACCACAUCACACUGCAGGACUACAACAAAAUGUGCAUCAUGAGACGAGAGAAGCUGCAACAACUCCAAGACGGGGACAAAAACAAAAAAUCUGAGGACAAAGAGACCACUGUAGUCACAGAAAUACAGCCUUCCACCAUGCUCGGCAACGGGGGCACGGUCAUGCAAAACAUCCCUCAGGAGAAGGAGUCUGAGAAAAAGGAAAUGCCAGAGUUAACCCAGAUCUCAAGCAACGCCGCUAAUAUACUGAAAAACGUCGGCUUGAAGAACAUAACUAUAGCCCCAAUCACGCCCAAGACAGCCACGGUGACGUCGCUAACGACACACGUACCCUUAGUCUCUUCCCCCUCGUUACUCGUGACCUCGACUCCUAUAAAGCUGCCCCAGCUGGGCUCCUCAGUGUCGAUCACCAGCGAGACAGUACUUACCCCAAACAUGCCCAUAAUGUCUACAGGAAUGACCAUGCCCAAAAUACCCAAGUCACUAACAGUGAUACCGCAGAUGGUAAUGAACGUUCCGCAAAACGUGGUCGCGAGCAUGCCCCAGAACGUAGUCGCGACUACAGUGUCCAUGCCUCAGGGUAUGGUCGUGCCUCAGGGAAUAGUGAUGCCCCAGAGCGUCAUGCCCCAGAACGUUCAUCAGGGGCUAGUCGUGCCCCAGAGCGUUUCUCAGGGGAUAGUCGUGCCCCAGAUGGUUCCUAGCACUCAGACUGACGGCCAGAGACCAUAACGAAACCUGUUCUUCGUCGUGGUAUAGCGACGACCCGAUGUGACCGCACCGCAAUGAGGAACCUUAAAUAAAUUUUCCAAGUUCAGUGCGGUACAAAGACUGCCCUUAAAUUAUUGAACCAUAUAUCGUGAUAUACUUUGUAAGGACUUGGCUCAGUGAAGUGAGUGACGCUUAAUGUGAUUGUAGUGGUGUGAAACGCAAUAAGUGAGCAACCGUGAAGCCUUAAUAAUUAUACUGUGUAAAUAUUAGGAUAGCGAGGCGGAAUGAACUAGCGCUGUGAACAUGGUGACAAGGAUUCAGUUAAAUAUAUCAAUAUUACUCUGGAAUAUUAGCUUUUAUUUUUUUAUUUGUGCAAAUGAUACGCGAGGCAAGGGAAUGUUUCGAUACUGCCACACGCACUGUAGUACUACGCUACCUGUGGUACUUUACAUAAAUAAUUCAGGUUUUACCAGAAUACCAUGUGAAUGGUAUAUUUAUCUACAUAAUUAUGACUCUUAAUAUUCAAUUUCACUGAUGUUUUUCGCCUGUAAGGAUGUCAGUGAAUUAGACACAAUAGCAAUGAGAAGACUUCAAAAUUCUCUAGUCAGAUUAAAAUAUGCAUUUAUAAUUUUAGUCCGAAGCGAGCGUAUCAUUUGCAUGAAGCGACUAACGUUGAAUAAGUAUAAAUAUAAAAUGUAUAUGUAUACACGACCAGGAAAAUAAAGAAACGAGAAUGCGAUAUUGUAUAUUUUAUUACUCUAUGCUACGUAAAGUUAGUUCCUGCAAAUUGUACGGCACCCGACUGCGGGAGGGUUGUUUUUUAUGUUUCUGGUCGGGAUUGUAAGUUAUAUCGGCGACAGCAUGGCAUAAAAAGACAGGUAUGCUCAAAACUGACAGCUGACAUUUCAAGGUUAGCCCAGCUGACGUCAUCCCGCCCUGCGUUGCCAUUUCGUAGUAAAUAAAUUACCCACGACCAAUGUUUUUAUAUCAAAGGAAAAUUUUGAACUUUUAGUAAAAGAUUUACUUACAGUUUUAAUAUUUUUUGUAUAUGUGACAUGUAAUAGUAAUUAAAUAUAUUAGUCAAUAAUUCACUUAAUUUUCAAUAGUAGAAUUUACGUCCUUGGAAUGUUGGAGAUACCAAUUGAAUGGUAACACUUACGUCAUCAAUGGGCUAGCAAUGGCGGCUUGUCAUAGGAUCGAGCAUACCUGGUCUUCUUAUAUCAUAGGGGACAGAUACUUGAAAGUCACUUAAAUGUUAAGAGUCCAGUUCCUAAUAAGUUUGGAAAGCUUGCAUCUUGAUGCGAAGUUACGGCUAUUUCGAAACUAGUUCUUUUAAAACACAUAAACAGCCUAUAUACGUCCCACUGCUGGGCACAGGCCUCCCCUCAAUCAACCGGAGGGGAUAUAUAGGGGGUUCUUUUAAAAAUAGAAUGUAAAUUAACUAGUUCGUAGAUGCAAGAUAAAUGAAGAUAAACUUACAUCGUCCUGGACUCUGAAUUUUUAAGUACCGAUCCAGUAUUUGGGGUUCUGUCACUGGAUGCAUAUUUUUCCAUUGUAGUGCAUUAAGGUAAAAUCACACAAUUUCAAAGGUUAUUAAACUCUUUGAAAACAUGAACCAGACAGUUCAACACUAUACUAUAAUAAAAAAAAUAUAUAAACAAUAAAAAAAAUGUUAAUUCAUUUUAAUCAUGAAUAUGAAAUAUACAUAAUUUAUUUUUAACAGUCCAAUUUUCAUAGAUAUAAUUAACUACAGGUUACAUAAAGUUUGUCCAUAAUAUCAGUGAUGCGCCGUUCUCGGGAAUAUUUCUGCUUUGGGAAUUGUCCCGGCAGUAAGAGACGCAAAAGUUAUGUAAAAAAAGAGCUUCAUUACCUAACUUUUAUGCAAAUAAGACCAGAGUACAAGAAAGAAUGAUUUGAAAAAGAAAAGCAGCCAAUGUCCCGACUUGAUAAAGCAGUCUGUGUCUUUACUAUUAAAGAGUUUUUACAACGGGGAUAUUCCCACUUUGGGAACGUUCCCGGGAAAGAAGCAUCACUGACUAUACAUAGUGAUAGGUAUCAAAAGGUAUUAAAGUAAGAUCAAAAUUGUCAUCAUGAUGAGCAUUGUGCCUGACAGAAUAUAACUUGAUUCUUAAUCGAUAUGAUACGAUAAAGGGUGUUUUAUUUGCCAGCCAGAUGUAAACUCAACUUUAGACUUCCACAACAAAUCAGAUUUGUACAUAAAUCCCGCAAAAACGUAAACCGCAAUUCGAUUACGGUCCUUCCACGACUAAAAAGAACGCCAUAUUGGUGCUAAUUCCGCUAUACACCGUCUAAUUUUAUUUAAAGUUAUACAUGUCAUAUUAUUAUCCGCUGAAAAGGAUGAUUGACGGCUGUUAAUUUUGAUGAGUGAAUGAAUGAACAACCCUGGCGAACCAAAUAGGUAUCUCGCUCAUAUGCAACCCGUUUAAAGUGUGCUGUCAACUUAAUUCUGUAGGGUUAUUAUUUGAAAGUUGAUUUUACAUCGGUCAAUAACCCGACAGAAUUAAGUUGACAGCACACGUCAAACGGGUUGCAUACCAGGGAGAUGCCUAUUUGAUUCGCCCGGGUUAUUCAUUCAUUUUAAAAUUAACAGCUGUCAAUCAUCCGUCCCUUUCCUUUUCGGCGGACAAGAAAAUGACGGGUAUAACUUAAAAUAAAAUUAGGUGUCUGCAGGAAUCAGGGCCACUAUCUCUCGUCAUGGCAUAAAAAAGGAAAAUCGAAUUUAAAACUUCCCUCUUUGAACACAAACUCUUUUCGAUAGCAGAAUACAAGUCUCCUUGACCAGGGUACCGGGGGAAUUUUUUUUAAAGUGUAUUGCUUCUCUUAUACAUUGUCCAAAAAGUGGCGGGUUCGAUUCUCGCUUGUGCAAAAUAUUUAUAAAUGUAAUGAUUCAUUAAAUGAUUCUUAUAUCCUUUAUUAUUCGUUUUUUAAGGUGCUAUACCUACCAUAACGGGGCCAUAUUACUGAGCUGUUGUCUGUCUGUCCGUCCGACCGUCCGUAUCGCACACUAUGAUUUUAUCCCUUUCUGUCACUCGGAAUUAGAGCGAGCACCUUGCUGGAGCAGCCGGGCGACCGCUCGACUCUGCCACUCACGCAUUGUCUUGCUCUAACAAAUGAUUGUUCUGAAGGACAGAAAAAGAUAGAAGCAUAGGAAAAUGCGAUGCGAGCAGAUGUUCUUCAGCCCUAAAUUAUCAAUAAGAUAAUCCGCUACCACUCUUGGGGUCUAAAAAGGCCACAUUAAAACAAUUCAUAUAAAAAUGCUUGGCAUGUGUUGUCAUUGCGCUCAUUUUAUAUGCGCAAAUGUCACAUUGCAAUAUUGCUUUUUAGAUUAAAUGCUUCGAUGUGGCGUUUAUAAACCCGCUGAGAAUUGUCCCAAGAUGGACAUGAUAUAUUCUCAAAUUGCACAGAUAAAUCCUCAAAUUAGAAAUGACAUUUCCGACUACACUUCUCCGUCUUUUUAUAAGUUCAUUUAAAAUUGUCUAAGUCUAAGCAGGUGGAGAGAUAUCUGGCUGGCACAUAUUUAUGACAGAAUUUUGGAAUUCAAGUCCAAUACUUUCAGUUAGAGAUGUAAUUGGUACCUGCCCACGCGGCAAAGCAAACGCGCCGCGAGCUGCGCGAAUUAUAUCGAGGGUUACCAAUAGCCGUACGACGUUUAUCUACGUAGAUAGCAUUCGCUGUGUCUAUUGGUCGAAGUAAUAAUGAUUCAUAUCCAUCUUUGGACUUCGUAUCAACAGUGGCUGCAAGUUGUCUUUGAUUACUUGUGGCUCUGCCCACCCAAUUAGGGAUUACGGGCGUGAGUUUAUGUAUGUAUGUAAUAAUGAUUCGCGUCGCGCGCGACACGGUUGCUGUGCCGCGGGGGCAGUGUUCUUACAGGGCGAUACUUUUUUUCAUUCACAUUAAUUUGUUGUAAAGCGUAAAGUCACAAACGAGAUAGUCGCCACUUUUGGACUUUAAUUAAAAAUUCUCGUCAGGAAUCCCCAAAAUCACAAUAGUAAACUACAUUCAAAAAACAGGUAUAAAAAUUAUGGAACACACAUACAUUUUAGAAAAAUCUGAAACAAACCUCUAUUAAAAUUAUAUGGGCCAAUAACCCGAUAGAAUUAAGUUGCCAGUACACGUCAAACGGGUUGCAUACCAGCGAGAUAUCUAUUUGAUUCGCGCGAAUUAUUCAUUCAUUCACUCUCUAUUUUAAAAUUAACAGUUGUCAAUCAUCCGUCCCCUUCCUUUUCGGCGGAUAAGACAAUUAUGUAAUUGUCUUCGUAUAACUUAAAAUAAAAUUAGGUGGUGUCUACAGGACUUAGCACCAUUACCAGGUGUAAAAUAGUCCCGCGACGUUAGUGUCGCAGAUUCUGCAUAGAAUAAUAACCUUAACUUUGUUAACUUGUCUAAUAGUUCAAUUAAAAUCCUAUCCUUUAGACCUUAUAUUAUCUUUACACUUCGUUUUCUAAUCAGGUGGCUAGUGUUUGAUUUUUCGCGAAGAAUUCAUUCUCGCAAUUAGCUGAGGUUAGAUCGUAAACACGUAGAAAAGUCACGGAAACUUAUCGAUCGAUUGCAUUCGAGUGGCAUCUUAUAUCUGGGGGCUAAAAAUGCCACGUCGAAGCAAUUCCUCUAAAAAGCAAUAUUGCAAUUUGACAUUUGCGCAAUCAAAACAAAUGUCAAAUAGCAAUAUUGCUUUUUUAGAUGAAUUACUUUCAUGUGGCUCUUUUAAUCCCUCUUAUCUGUCAAAUGUGUUGGCAGAAAGAAGAGUCUAGACGAAAGUUAAGUUGUUUCCCAGCUGCGUCUCCACUAUGGUACUGUUCUUUGAAGUUAGUGUACUAUUGUGAUUUUUUUGUAUCAUAAAGCUAUUUCCCACGAACCAAUGAACCCAUCGGUCCAACAAUUUUAUACUUACUCCUGUUUGACAUCAUGUUAUAGUAAUGUAUUGUUGAGAGUUAGUAUUUUAUUUGGUCCACCAUGGUUGGGCCAGUGUUAAAACGUUGUAACUACAAAAUAUUUAUGUUUGUUCGGGCGACGUCUCCGACUCAAAUCUUUAGCCGACAAUAAGAUUUGCGUUUUUCGAAGAUAAUUUCGUUGACAAAUAUUUAUAUAUUAUGCAUAACCAUUUACCUACGCUAGCCCCCGUUACAUGCGAACGCAUAUACUAUCUAUUAUAUUUACAGUGACACAAAUGAUGAUGUCUACAAGUGCUUUGAAAUUAACACUAACAUUAUCAUCUGAUGACUAAUUAUUAAAAAAAAAAUAACAUAACACCAGCUGCCUACGCAUGUAUGCGUUACGUGUCGUAUCAACGUCGAUAUAGAUCUUGUGUAUUUCGAAGCGCGUUGAUAUCGCCGUGUUCAAAGAUCAAAUCAAAUCAUACUUUAUUAUAUUACACAGAACUUAAUAUUAACACAAGGAUACAGUACAGUUGGACGGCCUUAUUGCUUGAAAGCAAUUUCUGCCAGAAAUAAACAUCUUCAACUUAAGUAGGUAUUUGUUAAUUAAUCUAAUUAUUUAUCUAUAUUUAAGUUAAUGCUUUACCGGGACUAAAUAAAAUAAAAUUUAGUACAAGGUACAUAAUUUAUAUAAAAGCAACAAUAAUAUUCAUAUACUUAAAUAUUAAGUAAACUUCAUUACUUUAAGAUUGAUUUCAUUGUAAAUAGUUUUGAUUAUAGAUUUGCUAUAUAUUUUUGUACAAUAGUAUCCACCUUAGAUAUAUAUCGCGUCGCCCCUACAAACAAACCAAUGUUAUUUAGUGUACUGCUACAAUGUAUAGCAUAUAAGUCUGAUUAGAAACAUGUCAAGUGGCAGAAAUAGUUACUUUACGUUUGAUUAAUGUUCAAGUGGGAUCUGCACGGUUACGCUAUCGCGCGCGGCGCGACGGAUAUCACGUGGAUCGACCAAUAGCCGGUAUGUUGUUUAUCUAUAACGUCACCUUAUAGCCAAAACCACGUAAGCGCUGUUUUGAAAAAUCCCAUCUGGUUAUUGUUAACAAAACCUCACAAUAGACAAACUAGUUUUAAUCCACGUACAAAAAUGUGGUAUUAAUUGAAAGAAAAUAACUUUUGUUGGAGAUCACAUCAGAAUGUGGCAAUGUGCGCGCGGUAGGCCCAUAGCUAUGGACCUGUUAUAUACGCUCCUAAGUCAUUCGACGUAUUUUAUCGAUUGUUAUCGAUGUAUGUACGCUUAUCAGGACACCAAACAAGUUUUUUCGUCUAAUCUAUCUCAGAGAUCGUACCUCUAGUGUCAGUGUUAUAGCACGCGCGACGAAAGAAGUCUCGCGGAUUUCAAUGGAACUAAAUGACAAUUCAUUAUAAUUCUACAUAAAUACUGCAAUGCCAGUGAGACGUGGCCGCUUACUAUGGGUCUCGUGAGGAGGCUCGGUGUCGCUCAGCGGGCAAUGGAGAGAGCUAUGCUCGGUAUUUCCCUGCUGGAUCGAAUCAGAAAUGAGGAGAUCCGCAGGAGAACUAAAGUCACCGACAUAGCUCGGAGAAUUGCAAAGCUGAAGUGGCAGUGGGCAGGACACAUAGCGAGGAGAACCGAUGGCCGAUGGGGCGGAAAGGUUCUGGAGUGGCGACCACGUGUCGGACGACGCUCAGUGGGUAGGCCCGCUACAAGGUGGACCGACGAUCUGGUGAAGGUCGCGGGAAGCCGCUGGAUGCGGGCAGCGCAGGACCGAUCGUCGUGGAGAUCCUUGGGGGAGGCCUAUGCCCAGCAGUGGGCGUCAUACGGCUGUUGAUGAUGAUGAUGACUGCAAUGCCAGCGCCGCAGCUGUGAGAAUUCUUUCAUAGCGCGAAAUUCAGUAGUUAAUGUCACUUAAUAUGUUUCUAAUCAGGUACCUAUAGGUAAUUUAAGUGCUCCGAGGUUGGAAGUCUCAUCUCAUAGUUUUUUAUCACCCUUCCGUUUUGUCGCAGUGAGAACAAAUGUAUCAAAGCCCGGACGAUAUGUUUCUUCCAAAGAUAGCCACAUAGUUACGAUAUUAUUAUAAUUAUUUUAGUUGUAUGAACGCUUAUGGCGGUGGAGAAUUUGUCUAAAUAAACAUAUCCUUAUCACUCA